UCAUUCUCGAUCACCGCUCUCUCAAUCAAGAGAUUCUCUGUCGAAACGUUCUCGUUCUCAAUCACCACCCUCUCAAUCAAGAGAUUCUCUGUCGAGAUGUUCUCGUUCUCGAUUACCGCCCUCUUAAUCAAGAGAUUCUCUGUCGAGACAUUCUUGUUCUCGUUUACGAUAUUCUUCUUUACAAUGUUCACAUUCACGCUACUCUCCCUUAUGACGUUCUCGUUCUCGUUCAUGACACUCUCCUUUACAAUAUUCUCGUUCAUGAUAUCCUUCUUUACAACGUUCUCGUUCACGACAGCGUUCCCACUCAUGAUACUCUCCCUUACGACAUUUUCGUUCACAAAGUCGAUCACAGCCCUUUCGAAUUCAGCCUAAUAACCGCAAGACAAUCUUAUUUGAGUCUGAUUAUGAAGCUGUAG